GUCUCCCGGCAGGUAGCCUGGCGCGCAGGCGCACUGGGGCGGGGGCGGGGUGUGCACUGUGUGUGGUGAAUGCAAUUGGCCUGGGCUCGCAGCGGCGGGCUGACCCGGAGCUGCAGAGCCCGGGCGCUCGGGGAAGGCAGAGCGGGGACCCCCGGGCGCUUUGGGAGGCGGGGUGUGCGUAGCGGGCAGCGGCAGCGGCAGCGUUCGCCCCUGUUCCGGGCGCUGAGGGGAGGCUGCCCCGUCCCCGGGGGGGCGCCCAGGCAGGCACCAUGCCGCUGCCGCUCUGCACGCUCUCCAGCCAAGCACAUCAUUGUUUGCGUGCUUUAAAGUCAGUAAAAAAAGACAUUCUACUGCCUUUGUAUAUUGCAAGAUGGGCUUCUACUUCCUCUGUGCCUCGAAUCACUACACACUAUACUAUUCAUUCUCGGAACAAAGACAAACGAUGGGAAGGGGUGAACAUGGAAAGAUUUGCAGAAGAAGCUGAUGUUGUUAUAGUUGGAGCAGGCCCUGCGGGUCUUUCUGCAGCUAUUCGACUUAAACAGUUAGCCAAUGAGUAUGGCAAAGAAGUUCGUGUUUGCCUGGUGGAGAAGGCUGCUCAGAUCGGUGCACAUACACUUUCUGGUGCUUGUCUUGAGCCACGAGCUUUGGAAGAACUCUUACCGGACUGGAAGGAGCGAGGGGCUCCACUUCAGACUCCAGUAACUGAAGACAAAUUUGGGAUUUUAACAAAGAAUUCCAGAAUUCCAGUGCCAAUUCUUCCAGGCCUUCCAAUGACUAAUCAUGGGAAUUAUAUAGUGCGCCUGGGGCACUUUGUGAAUUGGCUGGGUGAGCAAGCAGAAGCUUUGGGUGUUGAGGUGUAUCCAGGCUAUGCAGCAGCUGAGGUUCUUUUUCAUGAAGAUGGCAGUGUGAAAGGGAUUGCCACUAAUGAUGUAGGCAUUCAAAAGGAUGGAGCACCUAAAGCUAUCUUUGAAAGAGGUUUGGAGCUACAUGCCAAAGUCACGUUCUUUGCAGAAGGCUGUCAUGGACAUCUUGCCAAACAAUUGUACAACAGAUACAAUCUAAGGGAGAAAUGUCAACCCCAGAGCUAUGGUAUCGGAUUGAAAGAGUUGUGGCUUAUUGAUGAAAAGAAAUGGAAACCAGGAAGAGUGGAACACACUGUGGGCUGGCCCUUGGACAGACAUACAUAUGGAGGAUCAUUUCUUUAUCAUUUAAAUGAAGGUGAACCAUUGGUAGCUCUUGGGUUUGUGGUUGGUUUAGAUUAUCAAAAUCCCUAUUUGAGCCCAUUUAAAGAGUUCCAGAGAUGGAAGCAUCAUCCCAGUGUGGAGCCCACUCUUGAGGGUGGAAAAAGGAUUGGCUAUGGUGCUAGAGCCUUGAAUGAAGGUGGUUUCCAGUCUAUACCCAAACUCACUUUCCCUGGUGGAGUAUUAAUUGGUUGCAGUCCUGGUUUCAUGAAUGUUCCUAAAAUCAAAGGUACACAUACUGCAAUGAAAAGUGGCAUGUUGGCUUCAGAAGCUGUUUUCAACCAACUAACUAAUGAGAACCUCCAAUCAAAGACAAUAGGACUUGAUGUGCCUGAAUAUGAAGAAAACUUGAAGAAAUCGUGGGUGUGGAAAGAGCUCUAUUCUGUUAGGAAUAUCCGACCUUCCUGCCAUGGAGUACUGGGUGUCUAUGGAGGAAUGAUUUAUACUGGUAUAUUUUAUUGGAUACUGAGAGGAAUGGAACCAUGGACAUUAAAACAUCCAGGGCCAGACUCUGAUCAGCUAAAGCCAGCCAAAGAUUGCACUCCUAUUGAAUAUCCAAAGCCUGAUGGAAAAAUCAGUUUUGAUCUCCUGUCCUCUGUGGCUCUAAGUGGGACAAAUCAUGAACAUGACCAGCCUCCUCAUUUGACUCUGAAGGAUGACAGCGUCCCUGUGAACAAAAAUUUAGCUAUAUAUGAUGGGCCAGAACAGAGAUUCUGUCCUGCAGGUGUUUAUGAAUAUGUUCCCCUGGAAACAGGAGAAGGGUUACGGUUGCAGAUAAAUGCUCAGAAUUGUGUGCACUGCAAAACAUGUGAUAUUAAAGACCCAAGCCAGAAUAUUAACUGGGUAGUACCUGAAGGGGGAGGAGGGCCAGCUUAUAAUGGAAUGUAAAUUUGAUCAAAACUAUCCAGUGUACUUCCCGGACAUGUUGUAACCUCACACAAAUAUAUGCUAUGGUGUAACUAAGCCUAUCAUUGACUGAAUGUUAAUUGGAUGGGGUUACUGAGCCAGCUGAAUUUCAUACCACUAUGUGGUAAGAAAUUUCAUUAACCACUAUGUUAAAUAGUGAAUGCAAAGUCAAGGCAGUCGGACAGACCCUAGCCUUAGUUAUGAAAGAAAAUGCCUUUUUACUGGAUCAAAGACGGUGGUGCAGCUUCCCAAGUGCUGUUUUCUGUGACUUACAACUUGAUGCUAGAUCUCAUGCCAAAGUUCAAUGGAAACACCCUGAACCACAGGUGUAAAAAUACAGUGAAAUCUUAUAAUUUAUGGUGAAUUCACAUUUUCUGCUCCUUCCUACCAUGUUCUAUCAAUGCAAUCUUGGUUAAUUUCCACUUGCAUUAGGGAAAAUGAGUCAAGCAAGGGAAUACUGUAUCACUGCUUUCAAAGGUUACAUUAAGUAAACAGGCAAAUAUUAAACAAGCUUCCUGUUUCAAGGGAAGAAACUUUUAAUAAAGCUAGUUUGCCAUAAAAUGUGGUUUUGUGUGAACAACUGAGUUUAUGAAUAAUGUUUACAAAUUGUUUGUUUUAAACAGAACUACUUAUAGUGGUACUGAUGCAUACAUGCUGACUUGCUGCUCUAGUGAAGGAAUUAACGGGAGAAUACUGUACUUCAACUUGCUUCCUGGGUGUUAAAACUGAUGAUCUGGUAAACUUAAGAAUAUCUACCCUGCAAAAGGACAACCAUUAUCACCACUAAUAUGGUUAAGUAUGUGUCUUACUGUUUUCUGAGAGUCACUUUAUCUAUAAAAACAAUUGGAAACCAAAAUUUUUACUUUUAACUUUAGUAUGAAAUUCCAGUUUAAAUAGUAAACAUGGAAAAUCAAUUGAUUGCAGUAUAGGACAGAUAACAGAAGUAACACUUGCCUCAUAUAGUAGGAGUGUUUACAGUGGUGUAUGGAUCAGUCAGUCAGUGCCUAAACUUUAACAAGAAAAAACCUUCACUUAAGCAAACAUCUUAGCAUAAGCUGCUUUUUCCUUUUCCUUUUGAGCCUUUAUCUUCUGUUUCACCUUGAGUGCUUCAGUUUGGAUAGCUGUUUUAAAAAACAAACAAACAUGGCUUUCCACCUCCUAUAGUUGUCCCACAGCAUGAUAUCAAUCACCCAUUUUUAUUUUAUGCUUUACAUAGGCUAAACUGUGUCUGCCUGGAUUCUAAUCAUAGGGGGUAGUUAUCAAGCUGGGUAAUAGCCAAAGAAAUCCUCCCCGACUGUUUUUUCCAUUCAAUUGCAGAAUAGGAUAAAUAGGCUCAGAGAAAUGGACGCAGGAAACAGUAGUGACCCUGAAUUCCUGAUCCAAAGAGUAACAUUCAGUUAAGCAGCAGAGAAUGGAAUCAGACCAGAAAGCAACUUCAGAUUUUUUGGGGUAAAGGAUGCACAAACCCCAGUUAGUUCUUGCUGAAGUAGAACUGCCUGACCUAAGGAGAUGCAUGCCUCUUCCUCUAUUAAAAAACAAACAAACAAAAAAAACAGGUAGAAGACACUUCUCCACACAUACUAGUGGAAGAUGGACAGCUAUCAGCAGCAGACUUUCUCUGUGUGAAAGGGAGUUACUUCAGCACUAAUUCUGUCCUCAUAUUUUGUCAAUGUCUAGAAAGUAGGGACCUCACAAAAU